CGCGGCCGUCCUCCUCCUCAGUACCAGUAGAGACAUCGUUGCGUUCGGAGGCCAAUUGUAACCCUCCAUGUGCUGAAGUGCUUGAUAUUUUUUUUGAGAAUUUAGUGUUCACAAAAAUACUGUGCUAAUGGUGGUUCUAGAGUCUAAGGGGAUGUUGACUGCAGGCAGUAAUCAAUAUUUACAACCGGAUUAUCUGUCUCCAUUACCCACCACGCUGGAUGCCAAAAAGUCUCCACUUGCGCUGCUAGCGCAAACAUGCUCCCAGAUCGGAGCAGACUCUUCGAAGCCGCUGCCGAACGAGAAAAAGAAAGAGGAGGAGAAGAAGGAGAAGUCGACCCCUACUCCCAUCGACGCCACUCGAAGGUCCCCUGCGUUCAAGCCCUACGAGAGUGCUACCAAGAAGAACAUGGCAGAGGAAACGACGAGUAGUGAGGAGAAGGGGCACGACAGAAAAACGCCCUCCAGCCAGCCCUCCAGUGCCAGGUCACCCUCCAACUCCAGCAACGGAGGUGGCUCGAGUUCGGGAACUACCAAAGAGGAAAGUGGGCGACGAAGCAGCGAGGCAGGUGCCACGUCCUCCGCCUCCACGACGCCCAUCAUCAGAUCUGGACUAGAAGUGCUCGCUGGCCAUCCCAAAGACGUGCCCCUUGGCACCUACAGAACUGGCGUCCCCCCAAUGCUGUCUCAUGGAUACCCAGGACUGGAGAGUCAUCCAGCCCUUCGUGGCGCCCAUCCAGGUUUCAUGCAAGGUCUGGGCCUUCCUGGAUUGCCAUCCUCCUUAGCCUCCGUGUACCCAAGUGCAGCUGCCGCCGCCCUCUAUUCCUCCGCAGGACUCACCUCCACCACAGGAUUACCUCCGUCGCUCCUUGCAUCUCCAUAUCUCACCUACACUCGUGUUAAAACGGCCGGAGGCGGUGAAGCGGUAGUGCCUGUGUGUCGCGACCCUUACUGCACAGGGUGCCCCUAUUCCGUGCAAAACAACCAUCUGCUACAGUCGGGCGGUGCGUGCCCUCCGUCGUGUACUCAGUGCGAGCAGGCCAAAGCCGCCCUCAGUGCUCUCCCCGGACUGUCUUCUUUACCUCCUUCAUCUCUCGUGCCUGCAAGCAGUAUCCUGCCACCCACAUCAGUCGCUGCCGCUGCAGCAGCCUCGUUGUAUUCUCCGUCAGCUGCUUCUUCCCUCCUCACGGGUCCCCCUCGACCAUACGUGUGCAACUGGAUAGCAGGAGACACUUAUUGUGGCAAGCGAUUUUCUACCUCGGAGGAGCUCCUUCAACACCUGAGAACCCACACAAACAUGUCCACAGAUUCGUCGUCUUUGAGUCUGCUGUCUAAUCCCCUUCACGCCCACGCCGCCCUCCUUGGUUCAGCCCAUUCCGCCCUUCAUCGGCCUGGCAUGCCUUACCCUCCACCUGCCCUGUCGCCACUCACUGCUGCCCGAUACCACCCCUACAGUAAACCGUCAGCUCUUUCCACAUCAGCCGCCCUCACACCAACGCUGCCUGGGCUUUCUCCCUACGCCUCCGCCCUUUCAGCUUAUCCUCAUGGAUACCCGUCGCCCUACGCUGGUCUGUACCCAAGGCCGCCUCUCUGAUGUGUGCCCUAAGGGAUGUUCUCCGUUAUACCCGGAAUAAGUUAAAAACCUAAAAAAAAACAAAAAAAAUUCUAUAUAAAUAUAUAUAAAGUCCGGGAUUUUUAGGGAGUGUGUGACCCAUAUCAGGUGCUAUAAUCAAAAGAAAAAGGUAAAAAGUUGAGUAAUAUAAUAAUAAAUAUUGAUCAUUAAAAAGACCGGCCGUUGAGGCGUCUGUGCCAAAGCAUCUGCUCCGACGUCAGCAGCUUAAUUAGUGUUUAUAGAGAGAUGUGGAGGAGAGUUACUUACGGGCACCUCCUGGAGGUGCGAUUUGCUGCUGCUGCUGCUUCAGGAGAGAGAGAGAAGGAAAGAGAGGCGUGGUAGAACUCUUCGGUAGUGACGCGCCCCGUUCUGGCGGGUGGUUGGGGGUAGGGAAAAUAAAACACAAAAAAAAAAGGCAAGACGGGGAAAGAGCGCGGUGUGAUGAUGAUGGCGGAGACGAAAAACACACCGUUGUUGUUGUUGUUGUAUUUCCUCUCGGAAACUCUCGAUGAUGAAGAAGUUUUGUUGCUUUGAAAUUUUCACUCCCCCUUACGAAAUAGACGUCACCGCCGCUGUCAGUCGCCGUCAGUUUUCAUCGUCAUCUCUUCUACAAAAGACAAGUUAUUAUCGCUCAACCCUGCCAACCAACCAACCAAAAAAAAUAUAUAUUAAAAAAAAUCUCCCUGUACCCCUGUCGUCGCCCCCAACUUUAAAAACGAGAAAGAAAGAAAAGAAAGAGUCACUUAAUAUAAUAAAGCGGAAGUUCGGAUCUCGUGGCGAGUAUUUUUGUGCAUCAGUAAUUUUAAUUCUAUUUGAUUUUUGACUGUGAUAGCCUAAGUUUGUACAUACAUCCUGUAAAUAAUUUUUUUCUUCUCAGUGGUGAAUAUGUAUAUGAAAAUUAUUUGGAUUUAUGACUAAUUAUUGAAAUAUAAGAGUUUUUUUAAAGAGAAUUUCUAUGGUUUUGAUUUACCUUGAAGUUUUUAACGAUGAUAAUGAGACGUUUUCAGUACCUAACCACAAUCAAGGUAAUAAUUCCAAUGUGUCGAUCGCAGCAGACAAUGCACCGUCGGAUCACGGACCUUGCAACAAUGCCAAAGUCGAUGGAAAACGAAACAAACUUCUAUUUAUAAAAACUCAUACAAAAAACCCAAGUAUAAAAAACUCAAACACUUGAAUGGAAGCUUUAACUUACAGUAAAAGAGAUGCGUUACAUUGUGAUGACUCACUUUCUAAAAAAAGAGAAAGUUUGUUUUCCCAUAAAACUGAUGAGGGAUAUGGACCUGGGGAUGUCAAUGUUACAUAGUUUUCUGUUUCCUCAAAAGUAUUUCUUCAACCAAUUGUUAUCUCAAUGAACCAUAUCUAGUCUGCCCAAACUUAUUAUGAGUUUAUAUGCAACAUUUUAAUGUAUUUAAAAAGUUAAAUGCUGAAAGAUAUCCUCCACAAAUAUAUAUCUAUAUCUAUAUAAAUUGCACUCAAUAAAGAAAGCAUGUUAAAAUC